AUGCCAACCAAGUUCACCGACACCUUUGACAAUCUCACUCCCAACGAUGACGAUUUUCGCUGCAACCUGGGCCCUUUCAGCAAUGCUGCAAAGACCGAGGUCGCUGACGUCGCUGCCGGUGAUACUAUCGGGAUGAAGUUAUUUUACGAUGGCAGCAUUGCCCACCCUGGGCCCGGUCAAGUUUUCAUGUCCAAGGCACCAACCGGUAACGUCACUGAGUACCAAGGUGACGGAGAAUGGUUCAAGAUCUGGGAAAAGACUCUCUGCGAUGAGAGUGGCGAUUUCGCCCACAGGUGCCUGUUUGAAUUCCAAAUCCCCGAGGACACCCCGGCAGGCGAAUAUCUCGUUCGUGCUGAGCAUGUUGGUCUUCAUGGUGCGCAGGGCAACCACGCCGAGUUCUUGUACAGCUGUGCUCAAGUCAAGGUCAACGGCUCUGGCACCGGCUCCCCGAGCACUACCUACAAGAUCCGCGGUAUCUACAAUGACAACAUGACCUUAUUCGAUGGUCUUAAUCUUUGGAUGGAUACGGCCAAGCGUAUUGAGGCGGAUAUUGCGCAGACUCCUAUUGGUGAUGAAGUUUGGACUGGAGGUGGUAGUGGUAACUCCUCCGUUUCCAGUUCCUCCGUUUUUAGCUCCUCGUUGGCUACAUCGACCUCAGUCGUACCAUCUGUAACUGCAUCGGCUUCGUCGGGUUCAUCCGCUAUUGCUUCGGCUCUAUCCGUCCCAUCUCCCACAGCUUAUACCUGGGACAAAUCGACUUGCGGUUGUUGUACUGGAAACUCGGCCAAAUUCCGUCACCCACUUUGA